AAACAAAAAGAAGCUUCAAAUGUUGCAGGUGAGAAAGAAAUCCUAGAGAUCAAGUAAAUCAUAUAGUUUAAAACUUUAGGCUGAAUAAUGGCCGGUUAUGAUCACAACUAUAGAUCUGGUUACUCUAAUGGCCCGGGAGGAGGACCGCACACCAAUAAAUGGAACAAGACAAGCUAUGCAGAUGAUGAGUGCCGCACAAUCAUUGUUGGUGCCGAUGGAACACGAAGAACAAUCAUUGGUUGCGCCCCCUUCCAGCAACAAGGGAGCUAUGUUAUGAAAACUGAGACAAUUAUUAGUGAACGUAUUCUCUCACCUGCAAAAGAAUACGGGUAUGCUGAUGACUGGAGUAGGCCUUCUAGCCCUGCGAAAGGUUAUGGUUAUGCAGCUGAUGAUCACAAGCUUCAUAGGCCUUCAAGCCCUGCGAAAGGGUAUGGUUAUGCUGUUGCUGAUCCCAAGGUGCAUAGGCCUUCAAGCCCCCCAAAAAAUUAUGGUUACGCUAUUGGUGAUCAAUACCCGCGUAGGCCUCCAAGCCCCCCAAAAAAUUAUGGUUACACUGUUGGUGAUCAAUAUCCACGGAGGCGUUCAAGCCCCCCAAAAAGUUAUGCUGUUGGUAGGCCUUCAAGCCCCCCCAAAAGUUAUGCUGUUGGUAGGCCUUCAAGCCCUCCCAAAAGCUAUGCUGUUGGUAGGCGUUCAAGCCCCCCAAAAAGUUAUGCUGUUGGUAGGCCUUCAAGCCCCCCCAAAAGUUAUGCUGUUGGUGAUCGCUACCCGCGGCCUUCAAGUCCCGUGAAAGGUUAUGGCUACUCAGCUGAUCAUCAACAGCUGCGUAGACCUUCCAGCCCUGAAGAUGAUUAUCCGCAAGAAGUUGGUGAUUUCCUGACCAAAGUCCAGACUGAAGCAAGCCGUGACCAGCGUGCAAAUAGGCAUCAACCAGCCCCGAAAGCUGCACAUAAUGACACUUAUGGUGACUAUAGUAACUACAACAACAAAACAUCCUACAAGCCAAACGGAAACACCAUUCGCAAUGACAACCAUGAUGACUACCCCCCCAAAUAUUACAGUGACAUGGGACCAAACACAGUGACAAAUGGUGGCCACCAGCCUAGGCCAAGCCGUCCAGCAUGGACUCCACAACCAAGCGGUCCAGCGUGGACUCCGCCAAGCCGUGAGGGCAGACUCAGCAGUGCAACAGAUGACAUAGAGACAGCCCUACGGUUCUUGAAGGAAGGUGCAAUGUCUUCAUCUGCCGCAGCUACUACGCCUCAAUACUCUCAAUACUCGACAGUGCCAAAACAUGGCGAGUAUCCCACGGAUGCUGCUAAAAGAAAUGCCACAUUCAAUGCGCCAUCUUGGCCACGAACAACAUAACACAUUCACGCAACUAUGUGAUGCUGCAAAAGGGCUUCAUGCUUCCUUCAACUUCCUAUAUAGAUUUUCUUGGGUUGUUUUCAUCUGUUUGUUUGCUCUAAUUUAGCUGCUCUACCUGUGUUGUCCGCUUAUGUUCGACUACACGAUCAUAAAAAAAAGCUUUUGUAUCGACAAAGCCUGGAAUAACUAUGUGUGCUUGUUACUUUAGCCAUUAA